AUGAAACAUCAGGCUUUCUUAACGCCCAUCAUCUUCGCGUGUGUACACCAUGUGAAUGGUCAACAGGCAUCUCCUCGAGAACCCACAAACUUCACCUUGACAGGGCACAUCACGCCAAACCAGAUCUUCAGCUUUGUCUACGUGCCCUUCAAUGUCUCCGCCGAUGUGACGUCCAUCUCGGUGCUGCAGAACUACUCGUUCAAGGGCGCAGGGAACUCACUCGACCUGGGUGUCUUCGAUCCUCACGGUGUUGCUCCCAUCGACAGCGAGACCGGCUUCUCCGGCUCACGGGGCUGGUCGGGAGGGUUCAGAAACAACUUCACUAUCUCUGCAAUCGAUGCCACCCCAGGAUAUCUCCCAUCUCCAAGGAGCCCCUCGCCCUGGAAAUGGCUCCGAGGUGAUUUUCACAUGCACACCAUCUACUCGGACGGACGGUACCUGCCUAAUGAGCAGAUCGCGCACGCCCUCUUGUACAACCUCGACUUCGUCUUCUUCUCCGAACACAACACGGACUCCGGGAACAACAACAUCGGUCGCUGGAUUCCAGCGAAUGCGUCGAAUCUCCUCAUCGGCCGGGCAAUCGAAGUCACCACGCGCCAUGGCCACUGGCAAGCGAUAGGACUUGAACGGUCUCAACAGGUUGAGUGGAGGUAUACCAACUCCUCGAACGAUACCGGUUUCAUCGAUGCGGCCACUCAAGUGCGCAAUUCCGGAGGCCUGGUUUCGGUCAACCACCCAUUUCAAAACUGCUCAAGGUGCGACUGGACCUUGGACUGGGAACACAACGAUGCGAUCGAGGUCUGGAACGGCAGAUUUGAUCCGUUGGAUGAAGUGGCCGUCCAGUUUUGGCAGGGCGAACUCGUCAAGGGGAAGAGGCACACCGCAAUCGGAGGAAGUGACGCGCACAGUCCACCGGAUAUCAAUGGCUUGCCCACCACCGUUGUGAGGGUCGCAGGGGAGAGGAGCCAAGCAAGUAUCGUCGAAGGCGUGAAGAAUGGCCGGGUGUACUUAGUUGAAGGCCCCGGGAUGGAGAUCGACUUUGGAGUGGUCUAUGGAGGUGGGAGGAGAGCAGAGAUCGGUGAUGCCGUCUCUAAGGGGGACUUGGGUGCCGAUGUAUACGCGAGCUUCUCGUCUACCGGGUUUGACGGUGCGCAUGCUUGUUUUGUCUCCGAAAAGGGGUAUUUCCAGAACGUGUCGAUCGUGAGUGAGCAAAGGAUCCAGCAGAAUGUGGCCGGCAUGGACUUUAUCAGAGUCGAGAUCCGCAAUGGGUCUGAUGCGUUGCUCGGCUUGACGAACCCGGUCUAUCUCCAGUAA